CCUAGGCCUGGCAGGCAGACAAUGCUUUAUUCAAUCUGGUUAUUACUGUCAUAACCCGGGGAACACAUUGUAUCCACAGAGCAACCAGCACACAGCAAGGGGGCAGCCCGGCAGGAACAGGCACCAGGUAUACACAGAGAUCACUAUAUGGCCAUUAACUGCUGCAGGGAGAGGAGCUGGGCUGGAAUCCCAAUAGCAGGAUGGAGGGGAGAGGAGCUGGGCUGGAAUCCUAAUGGCAGGGUGGGGGGGAGAGGAGCUGGGCUGGAAUCCCAAUGGCAGGAUGGACGGGAGAGGAGCUGGGCUGGAAUCAUAAAGGCAGGAUGGAGGGGAGAGGAGCUGGGCUGGAAUCCUAAUGGCAGGAUGGAGGGGAGAGGAGCUGGGCUGGAAUCCCAAUGGCAGGAUGGAGGGGAGAGGAACUGGGCUAGAAUCCCAAUGGCAGGAUGGAGGGGAGAGGAGCUGGGCUGGGCUGGAUGGAGGGGAGGAGCUGUCCUAAUGGCAGGAUGGAGGGGCAGGAGCUGGGCUGGAAUCCUACUGGCAGGAUGGAGGGGGCAGGAGCUGGGCUGGAAUCCUAAUGGCAGGAUGGAGGGGGCAGGAGCUGGGCUGGAAUCUUAAUGGCAGGAUGGAGGGGACAGGAGCUGGGCUGGAAUCCUAAUGGCAGGAUGGAGGGGAGAGGAGCUGGGCUGGAAUCCUAAUGGCAGGAUGGAGGGGACAGGAGCUGAUCUGGAAUCUUAAUGGCAGGAUGGAGGGGACAGGAGCUGGGCUGGAAUCCUAAUGGCAGGAUGGAGGGGAGAGGAGCUGGGCUGGAAUCCUAAUGGCAGGAUGGAGGGGACAGGAGCUGAUCUGGAGAGCUUCCCCAACUCGGCCAUUGUCACACACAGGGUUAUUUACAAAGAAAAGUAUGAUUUUUCAACUUUUAGGGCAAAAGUAAUAUCCAAUUCUGUUUUCCAGUUUGGCUAGUUUGGCCUUAAAUUUACAAUUCACUGUUGGGUCCCUGGCAAUUCUCACUUCAGUCCAUAACCCUGUCAGUGUGAUAAUUACUGUUAUUUAUAUAGCGCCAACAAAUUUCACAGCGAUGUACACUGGGUGGACUAACAAACAUGUAAUUGUAACCAGAUGAAUAGGACGCACAGGCACAGAGGGGUUGAGGGCUCUGGCAUGUGAGCUCAGCAUGUCAGCAGAGGGAAAGAAGGUUGGUAGAAGAGCGUUUCAAUUAAACCUGACAGGAGUCUGUUGUAGGCUAUUAACAGAACAGGAGAUACAUUCUAAUUUAAAUGCACCGUGCAAUAAUGGAAGCUUAAAAAUGUAGAUUAUAAAAAAAAUAAAAAAAAAUUCUCUAGGAAGUGUGUAGGAAGAAUGUGUAAGUCACAGGCAGUGAAGGUGUGGCUAGGGUUACAUAAACACUGCUUUAAAGGACCACUAUAGGCACCCAGACCACUCCAGCUCAAUGAAGUGUUCUGGGUGUCAGGUCCAUCUAGGGUUAACCCUGCAGCUGUAAACAUAGCAGUGUCAGAGAAACUGCUAUGUUUACGUUUGGGUUAAUCCAGCCUCUAGUGGCUGUCUCAUUGACAGGCGCUUCUUACUCUGAUUUUCACAGUGAGAAGACGCUUGCGUCCCUAGGAAAGCAUUGAGAAAUGCUUUCCUGUGGACUGAUUGAACGCGCGCGGCUCUUGCCGCACAUGCGCAUUCCUCAAAAGAGGGAGGAGAGUCCCCAGCGCUGAAGAAAGGUAAGAGAUUAACCCCUUCCUCCCCCUAGCGCCCGGCGGGAGGGGGCCAUGAGGGAGGUGGGGGGGUGGUACCUAUUUAACACUAUAGUGCCAGGAAAAUGAGUUUGUUUUCCUAGCACUAUAGUGGUCCUUUAAAGACCAUGAAUUGAGCAGUCAAGCUGCAGGGCAUGAUACAUAAACCAAAGCUACUUGAUUAAACUAAAAUUAUUUUGGUGCUUAGUCCUUAUCAAGAAAUCUGCAGCAUAUUAAAUCUUCCUACUAUACGGUAGCUUUUCUCACGUGAUGCCCAUUAACAUGAAAAAUGACAUACAUACAGGGGGAAAAUGUGACUGGAUUUUAUUUUUUCUUUAAGCUGCAACAAUUCUAUUAUCUCACACAGUGGCAUCUUGCUGGUAGAAGUUAUAUAAAUUGUAAAUAACUAUUGAUAAUCCAGCUGUUGUAGACAAUGUUACUCUUCGGCUGGCUGAGCAUCACACAGACUACAACUGCUGUUGAGAACUACUGUAUGCACUAGUAUAGGGAUACAUUACCUUUUUAGGGAGGGACCAAGAUAACUGAUAUUUUUCCCCUUGGCCACUAAAUGAUUUGGCACCUUGCACACACGUAUCUACUCUCAUCCUCCCCAAUUUUGCCUGUUUCUCCUCUCCUGUGCCCUUCCCAGUUUCUUCACAAUACUCCCCUUUACACUGUAACUCUCCCCAUUAUUUCUUCUCUUUCUGCAUAUGUCCUUUUCACAGUCCUCCAAGAAGUAAAGUUGAGGAAGAGACCUAUCGUCAGGUCUUUCAUAUCAGUGGAGUGUCGACGCAUUUCCAUUUUCCGACAGUAGUGAGGCAAAAGACAGUAGGCGUGCAAACUCAGUUGUUGUUGUUAUGCAGAAUUUUGUAUGCGGAGGGCUGUGGGCUGGCAGCAAUGCAUUCUCUGGCUGGAGGUUGUACUCCUCUAUUGAUUAAGCAGGAGUUGAAAAAUGUUUUAAUAGUUAAAGGAACACUAUAAUGUCAGGAACACAAAUGUAUUCCUGACCCCAUAGUGUUAAAAACACGUUUGGUCCCUUGCCCCCCUGAAAUAAUAAUAAAACUCGCCUUUUUUCCAAGCGCCGUGUGGGACUGCUGGCGCUUGCCCCACCUCCUCGGCUGACAUCAAAAUCUCAUAGGAAAGCAUUGAACUGAUUGAGAUUGUCAAUUCUGAGAUCUCCGCUAAGGUGGCAGGUCCAAACACCAUCCUAAGCAAUCAGCAUCUCCCCCUACAGAUGCUUUGAAACAAGCGUUCAGCGUCACCUUGCAAAGCGAGUAGAUGCUGAACUUUUCUCUGAAGCUUUGUCUUUUGUUAGCUUUCUAAAUUAGCUGUAUUACCCUACAUUUCACAACUUUCUUAAUAAUAAUUAUAAUAAUAAUUCAGCACAAUCUUCUGUCUAGAUUCUAGUCCAUAAACCCGAAACACUGUUAUUCACUGAGAGGGUUUAUUCACUUAACCCAUUAAGGACCAAACUUCUGGAAUAAAAGGGAAUCAUGACAUGUCACACAUGUCAUGUGUCCUUAAGUGGUUAAUGUGGCACUGUCACCAUCUGGGGACGUUGCCAUCACUGUUCGGGGUCUGGUAAAGGUGAGAUAUACUUAACUGAACCAGUUCCUCACAGGCACAUCUAUCUAAUUGCGUUGGGUUCCUCUCAGCUCUGUUGUACUUUUGCGCGUGCCGAGUCCUUACUUUGUCUCUGUAUAUCUCUUGACUAGGUUGGAAUUUCAGUGAAGUUCCAACACAAUGAAAAAUAAUAUUUCAUAAAAAUUCUAUAUCUAUAUUAAAUACUUAUUUUUCGUGGCGGGGCGACAGUGCUGCUUUAACUUGAAAAUAUCCAAUAGUCCAAAUAUGAUAAAAUGUCAAAUUUAGCAAAAUGUCCCCUCUCAUCUAGACCAGGUUAUUCCCUACAUAGAAACAUAGAAUGUGAGGGCAGAUAAGAACCAUUCGGCCCAUCUAGUCUGCCCAAUUUUCUAAAUACUUUCAUUAGUCCCUGACCUUAUCUUACAGUUAGGAUAGCCUUAUGCCUAUCCCACGCAUGCUUAAACUCCUGAUUUCAGCAGGGUGCAGCCAUAGUAGAGUUAGUAUUUUAGUCUAUAUUUUACAGUUUGAAUAUAAUACUGAUUGGCACAGCUUGGCUAUUUUCCAGUGGAGGUGACAUUCAGUGUAAGAUAAAUCCCUGCUUGGUGAAUAGCCUCCUACAUUGCUCCCAUAGCUGUAUUGAUUGAGGUCCAGGUCCAGGCUGUGUGGGCAGUGCAGCUCCUAUGGAACGUUCUCCUGAUUGACAGCUGCAGUCGCUGAGUGACGUACAACCUGCGCGCAGUGUCUGUGUACACUUGCACACUUUGCACGUCAGUGACGUAGGACGCGCGCGCCGGAAGCAGUGCUGCUGCUGCUGCUUGGCAUGCGCAUUGAUACCUGUAAAGGCGGUGGGAUUCAAAAACGCGGGGAACAGGGCAGCAAAAGGAGUUCCCGUGUGUUUUGGCGGAGGAAUACGGCGCCCAGCGGCUUACCUGUGCAGACGGUGGGUCCCCCUGUGUGCUGGGGCAGGCUGACACGUGGGAAUUAGCGGUAACCAGGAUAAAGGGGCUGCCAUUCACACUGGCUGCCAAUGGGUUAAACAGUAAUGGGUUAAAAUAAUUUAAUUUGACAUAUACAGUGUCAGUGUGUCUCUAAGCUGCCCUAACAUCAUCAUUCUUAUCAUUUCAUUCACCUGAGUUAUCAUCAUUUGUGUUAUAUUUAUAUAUGUGUGUGUGUAUUGUCCUAACAUAUUUCUAAUUAUUUCCUUCAUUCCUUUCAUCUUGCAUAUUUUGCUUUGAAAAUGAGAAGCAAUAUACAUUAAAUACACGAAUGCUGGACAAAAAUGUCACGUUAUUAAAGGGCCACUAUAGGUCUGGGUGCCAGGUCCAGCUAGGUUUAACCCUUUCUGUUGUAAACCUAGCAGUUUCAGAGAAACUGCUAUGUUUAUAUUAGGGUUAAUCCAGCCUCCAAAGCCUCUAGUGGCUGUCUCACUGACAGCUGCUAGAGGCGCUGCUAGAGGCGCUUCCGGGCUUCUCACAGUGAUUUUCACAGUGAGAAGAUGCCAGCGUCCAUAGGAAGCGCCUCUAGCAGCUGUCAGUGAGACAGCCACUAGAGGCUUUGGAGGCUGGAUUAACCCAUAUGUAAACAUAGCAGUUUCUCUGAAACUACUAGGUUUACAACAGAAAUGCUUUUUUAUGAGACUGGCUGAAUGCGCAUUCAGCCAGGGACGUCAGAAGAAGGAGAGUCCCAGCGCCGGGAAGGGAGCCCGACGCUGGGGAAAAAAGGUAAGGGAUUAACCCCCUUCCUCCAACUUCAGCCCGGUGGGAGUGGGACCCUGAGGGUGUGAACACCCUCAGGGCACUAUAGUGGUCCUUUAAAAUAUAGUCUAACUCCCUAAUCUUAAGGGAGCCGACAUCUAACUCAGUGCCAACCGUAACUCGACUCAAUGCAAUGUCCAUUUUCAUUGAUGGGUAUGAGGUCCAUCAGCAGGUAAGGUAAAAGGUUCUCAUGGUUCAUGUAGGUCAGUACUUGCUUGUAGUGGUCGGAUACCGCCUGCAUCCACAAACUAUGUGCAAGUUAGGCUAUCGAUGGUUAUACUGGUUGGUUUUUUUUUUUUUUGUUUUCUUGUAAAUCUGCUAUAAAAAUGUUUUUGUCUCAACCUGCUCUUCUUCCUUUUUUUUUUUUUUUCUAAUUUUCUUCCCUUGUAACCCCAAAGUUACAUGUACACUAAUAUUGCAGCACCCAGGUGAAGGAGGAAGGGAGAAAUCAUAAAAAGUUUUUCCCUCUUCAGUGCUUCGAUCUUUCACUAGUUGACCAUUUUCUUGAUGGAGUCAUUUGCUGGGAGUCAUGUCACUGGUUGUACAUGUACAAGAAUAGACAACAUAGGUCAGCCAACGAGACUAUAGGACCUCCGACAGGUUCUGUAGUGCAUGCUCUGUGAAAUACCAUGGUAUCUAUUUUUGCAUCAUGAGAGCAGGUGCCUGUUCUAUUUUCCAGAAAUCUUGGCUGGUAAUUGAGUGGAAAUAGCAACAUUUGGACGCAGAAGCUUCACUGCAUUGGAUUUUACAUUUUUCAGACUUUAUGAAAAACAAGUGACAGGGAUACUUUUAACUUUGAUUAUCUGAUUAGGAAUUCUGUUUUUGAAAACAUUCAUACAUUUAAAGCCUAAUGCUGUGUUUUUUUUUUUUUUUUGUCAAUAGAUUCCAGGAUGGAAAUAUACAGUAGGAACAGCACUAGGAGAGUGCGGAGUAGUAGCCGUUUAUCUGUAUCUGGUGCCUCCGCAUCUCAGACAACUGAAAAAUGGGGUGAAAAAGAUGGUAGUCGUGAAGAAUCUGUUGCAAAAAAUCUGGACAGAGACUUGUAUGAGGCUGCUGGUCUAACUGCAACUAGUCUCCAAGAUGAAUCAAUGCUUUAUCAAGGCAAUGAGCAAGCUGUCCAGAAUGGAGUCAUUGUAUCAGAAGUUAUCAGCUCCAAAAGAAAUAAAAGAUGGCCUGCAAGAUUGUUCUCCAUGCUGUGCUGUCUUGUCGUUGUUUGCAUCCUCGCUGUUAUGCUUACAGUUAUUUAUCUCAUGAUGGAUGGUGAGUACUCGCUCUCUCAAAACAAUGUUUAAAGUAGUUCUGAGGGGUAUAUACUUAAGUAAUGUACAUGCUGUCCAGUGUAGAGCCAUAAUAAGUGUGCACUGGCAUAUUGUGCACAACUCAUAAAUUUCUUCCUCUCCUGAUAUCUAUGAAAGCCAAAGUAACUACGGUCUAUUCACGAAAUAGAAGUGCUGUCUGCUAUACUUUGUUGAUUACUAAUGGUUAAAACAAGAGUAAGCAAAAAAAGUCAGUUCCUUUAACCCAGUAAACACUAUUUCAUCAUUUACCUGGCCGAAUAACGCAGAGGACGUCCAAUGUACUUCUGGGCCACAAUGACUUUGCCGUCCAUAAUUCAGUGGACGAGCACCUGCAUGUUUAUGCAUCUAACAGAUAAAUGCCAAAGGCACACAUGCAUGCUCGUCAUUUUCGACAACAUUGCGAUACACAUCCAUGUUCCAUGCAUGUGAUACAGCAAGAGUUUAGCAAUAUCUGUACUUUUUACCGGCAAAGCAUGUAAAUAAAAGUACCUUUAAAGAAUUAAAAAAAAAAAAAAAAAUCACCAUCAAUAGUUACAUUUUAUACGCACACUAGGCCUCAUUAGGGUUUAAACAUUGCAAGAUAUUUUUGGCUUGUGUUUUAAUAUUUAUGUUGAUCUAACAAACUGUUUUGUUUGAUGAAAUAAGAACCUGUCAUCUAUUCCAUUUGCUAUAUUCUAUUGCUGACUAACAACAUCUAUUUUUAAUUUUUUUUAAAUUUUUUUUUUUAUUUUUGUUUCAUUUCUUUUCUCAAUGUAGAUAUGAAAUCUGGAAGAGAGGUUAAUGAAGAUGGAGUAAAAACUAGUAUAUUAGGUAUGUCCAUGUAUGUAUUUGGGUAGAAGUGUGAAGAGACUAACUUCCAUGUAAUCACAGCUUAAUUCAUAUGUGAAUUUAAGCAAAAUCUUUUAUUUACAUAUGUUUGUCACACAAUUUCCUCUUUUGGCAUAGGAUUCUGGGGCUUGUUUGUCCUGUCUGUCAUAGUGGGACUUUCCUGCUGCAGCUUUUCCUGGACUGUGACAUAUUUUGACUCAUUUGAACCUGGAAUGUUUCCCCCUACUCCAUUGUCCCCAGCACGUUUCAGGUAAGGCCUGUUUGAAUUUGAGAAAAUAUGAAUUUUUACAAGUGCAUUAAAUUGCCGCACUUCCUGACCAAGAAGAGGCUCCACUUGUUCGGGGCCUCUGCUUCUUUUUUUCUUCUUUCUUCUUCUUCUUUAAUUAAAGGGACAUAAAAGUAAAAUUCCACUAUUUCAGUCAGAUGGUCUCUCUGAGAGCCCAUCUUAUUGGUACAGUGUAAAGAUUUGACACGCAUGUGCACUAACCUACCAAUGCUUUCAAAUGGG